AUUGCACCAAGCAUGGAGGACAGCUGUAAACUUUAGAAUCAUAUCCUCAAGUAAACCCCCCCUUUCAAGCGAAACUAAGAGACAUGUUUUGCUUAUUUUCACCUGAAAUAAAUGCUCUUUAGGCUUUUCAAGUGGAGUGAGAUUUGAAUGGAUUGCAAGUUGUAGAAAUUAAACAUGUUUAGUCAUCAUUUACGCCUAAGGGCUCUCCCUGAAGUUUGGACUUUUGCCUGUAUGAAUGUCCACAAACUCGCUUCGCUCCAAAAUGUGACAUCACUACCUCAAAAGAAGGCUCAGAGCUUCUUAUACCCCUUCAGCAACAUGGAACCUUACCUUGACCGGUCAGUGGACAGGUCAGAUUUUUGUCUUUUUCACCCUAGUGUGGAGGACAUGCUCCGAGCAGAGAAGCUCUUCUGUUCUACUCCGUCUCAUCGCAUCGAUUACUACACUUCUGCUGAGAGGAUGGACCACGCUCCCGACAUCAAACAGCCUGAGGUGUGUUUCAUUGGCAGAAGUAACGUGGGAAAGUCGUCCCUCAUCAAAGCUCUGUUCUCUCUGACUCCUGAGGUCGAGGUCCGGGUCUCCAAAACCCCUGGUCACACAAAGAAGAUGAACUUCUUCAGAGUGGGCCGAUCCUUCACCAUCGUGGACAUGCCUGGUUAUGGACACCGGGCGCCCAAGGACUUUGUGGACAUCGUGGAGCCAUACCUCUUCACAAGAACCAAUCUGGUGAGGACGUUUCUGUUGGUGGACGGUAGUGUGGGUCUACAGCCUGCAGACCAUAUCGCCCUGGAGAUGUGUGAAGAAACGGGACGACCUUAUGUGAUUGUGUUGACAAAAAUGGACAAAGGUGGCACUCGCACUCUGCUGCAGAACCUCCUCAGUGUGCACAAUGUCAUCAAGAGUGAGACCACGAGCUGCUUCCCUCAGCCCUUCCUGGUCAGCUCAUUGAACUUCUGGGGGAUCUACCUGCUCCGGUGCUUUGUGGCCCACAUCACAGGGAAAGUCCAGCUGACCAACACGGCUCAGAGCUGACAAACUGAGGAGGACAUGGGACACUGGAUGGAAUUUCAGGGUCAUCUCAACUGGACUCAUACAGAGGAAUCAGAGGAAGAGGAAGACCUUAAGACAUCGUGCCUGAUUUUACGGUCUUAAAAAUGUGGAAAAACAAAUUCCUAUUAAACAGUUUGCAGUGGUCCAACUCUCAGUGACCAGUGCAAAGUUUUGCCUUGAUGGUAAAGCUAACGUUAACGUUAACACGUACUUGAUUAUCACACAAUAAAAUGCUUUAUAAUUACAUGCAGACAGAACUCAGAAGACUUAUUCUGGCUUCAACAAUAUAUCUGUGCUGGAGCAAGAGACAUUUUGCUCAAACAUGAGAGAUACUUUAUUCAUCCUGAGGGAAGUUCAAGUUUAGCUGCAGAAACAUACUGCGCUUCUCAGACACCUUUUUGUCUGUUUGGUUUGGUCCAAAGUCCACGAGUGAAUGCUCCUGCCGACCGUGGUCUGGACUAAAUAGCUGGUCCUUCGGUCUGGGAAAAAGUGGCUUUCUUGGACGGCACUAAAGUCUGGCCCUAUGUAGUGUGAACGCAAAGGACCGGCCUUUUGGACCAAAUCCAGGAAGUGACACACGUUUGAUCAUGCACAAACGAGGGAAGGAGAAGAGGAAGAGACCAGCUUAAAGUGGUUAAAAACUACAGUAAAUUGGUGUAUUGUCGUGUACCUUUUAGCUAUCUUUUAGUUAAUCACCGCCAAGCCCAAGCCUCAUCUUGCUUCUGUUUACUUCUCAAAACAAAGAAAAAACUUUGCAGCUCAUCUGUGCUCUGUAUUCACGAGGUGGGCUUAAGAUAAAAAUUUACAAAAAGUUUAAAAGCUGCUCAAUGUGCCAGUCAGCCACAAGAGCAACCAAACACGUCCAUGGCAACUAAGGAAAUAAAUACAUUUAAUACAUGGGUAUGGGGCGUUCAAGUAAAGCUAAAAAUGCCAUGAUCAUUCACUCAGCCACAACAUCCAAGGAAUCUAUGGUAAUACUUGAGAUAUUGACUACAGUAUUGAAAUAUAUACACAAGUAUUUUUUAUGAUUGUUUAUCUGUAACCUGUCCAACAAAAGCUGGCACUGGAAUGAUAAAAAAACAACCAUAAUGGCAGAAUUUUAUAGCCUCGUGUCAAACCAAUCAAGUAUGGUGUAAGUCGUUCCAUAAAAGGUAUCAUUAUGGCAUUUUUAUUCUGUUCUAUAAUUGGAAAAUAGGAUAUUCUUUGUAAUUCUAUUAUGACAUGAUUUCUUUAUGGUCAUUUUAUUGUCCCCAACGAGAUAAUAACCCUAUAAAAUAGAUAAAACACCACUUGCCUUCAAGUCUUCUGCAAAAUUUUGGACAUGAAUAAUAAUGAACAAUGUUAGACAAAAUAAACAUUUAUUUAGCUAGAAUGUGAGUAUAAUGUAUAUUAAUAUGUUGACAACUAAUCUCUUGCAUGGUUUGCAAAAUGUGCAAUAGAAUUACAUGUAGGAAACACAAAUGAGUAAGUGGAGCCACCACCAUCUCAUAAAAGGUUUUAUGACAAUGAGUGUCAAGGUCAAGGUCUCUGCGACAAGCUUUUUGUCACUUUAUAUCCCUUCUUCUUGCUCGUACAUAAAAGACAAAGGAAAACACUGAUGCAGGUGCUGCGUAGUACUGACGAGCGUGUCUGCACUAAUGUUGCAGAAACGCUCGUCAAUACUACGACAAGGGAAGAAGCACAGGUUUAGCCAUAAGAACUGGCUUGUGGGUCUAAGACUGAUUAAAUGUUCAGACAUAAACUCAGUCACAUCAGGAGCUUAGGCACAGAGUUUACAGCAGCCUGAAUGACACAGAAAGCAGACAAAAGGUGACAACUGAUAAAACUGGAGAAACAGAGACAGCUCCCCUGUCCUGUACAUUGAACCGCACAGUGAGACAUUCACAUAACUCGUACUGGAAUGUUGGGAUGAUUAGUUAUGGGUAACUGCUCCAUUCCAAUAAAAUGAAAGAUAGUGGACUGAACUGCUGUAAUAUCUGCUUCUACUUUUCUCCAAUAUUUUGCUAAAUUAUGCAAUUAUAAAAUAAUAUCAUAUUAUAAUGUUUUGCAUGUAAAUGUUCAAAUAAAAUGUAAUUUCAUGCCAAGUAGGU